AUGAAAGGUAGAUUAGAACAUUCGUCCUCGGAGAGUCUAAUAUAUCAAAAUUUACCUUUGAAGGAUUCCAAAGCGGAAAAUAUAUCAAUAUUUGUUUUAAUUCCAGGAAACCCAGGUUUGGUCGAAUUUUAUAUUACUUAUCUAGAUCUAAUUCAACAAAGUUUUAAAGACUUUGAAAUUUUGGCCCUUGGGCAUGCGGGAUAUGAGCCACCAAAUGGACCUUUCAAUUCCUAUUCUCUAGACUUUCAAAUUGAGGACAAAGUGGAAAAGCUUAAAUCUAAAAUAAACAAUUAUGAAAAACAUGUUGAUAUCUAUUUCCUUUCGCAUUCUGUUGGAUCAUAUAUUACUCAGAGAAUAGUAGAAAAGCUUAUAAACGAUAAGAAGUUUCGCGAUCAGGCAGAUAUUAAAUUCAUUGGAUUGAUAUGUCCUACCAUUUAUGACAUCGCCAAGUCCGACUCUGGGCGGCGUUUUGUUGCUUUGCUAACACAUAUUCCGAUUGUCGCAAUUACUUUGUAUUUAAUCUCCUUUCUCAAUCUUAUACUAACGGAUUCGACUGCAAAGUGGAUUAUCAGGCAUUUCUUUAUCGCGAAGCCAAAGCUUCAAGAUGAAACAUCUUUAUCAAGCUGGGAGAAUUCUGUUCAAGGCGCAUUUAAGAUAUAUAAAUCUCCUACAAUUGUCGAGCAAACUUUGACGCUAGCUAGUGAAGAAAUGACUUGUAUAAACCUGGACGACACGAUAAACGAUUGGUUUUUUAAAGAGUUUCCUGUAAAGAACCAAACUAAAGUUUGGGCUUUUUUUGCCAACGAGGAUUAUUGGGUUCACAAAAGUACCAGAGAUCAUUUGUUGAAACUCUAUCAUAACUUAAAUGUUCCUAAUUUGUAUUUUGAUGUUGGGGAUAUUCAUGACGGUAUUGGACACAGCUUUUGUGUUGACCAAAGUGUUGAGUUCUCGGAAAUAACCGUGAGAACAUUAAAGUCAUUGUUUCCUGACCUAGCUAGCGAACAGCCAUAG